AGUUGUUGCCCCUGGUUGUUUAUUUUGGCAUUUAUUUUUCCAAGAAAAUGAGACACUCGGGGUGUUGAGAACAAUGCAGCGGAACUGUGCGCAUCCGAUUCACGCAUGAGGCGGUCCGCGAGUCAUCUCUUCGCCAGCCUCAGUGCGCAUGUCAUAACGACAUGCUUGACAACAGUGAUCGCUACUGGAUGGAUGUUCGUCGUCAUGGCAACGUAUAUGCGGACCUACCGAUACUCCUCCCUCCCGUGUCGGAUUCUCCAGCGCUACUGUGUGCCAUGGGUCAACCGGCCCCGACUCGCCAAACUCGCCCUCGCCUUACUGGCGCUCCUGUUCCUCAUCUCCACCAUUCGCCAUUUGCUGCGGGACUCAGAGGUCGUUCUCGUGCUUAACCCGGGGUUUCCCGUGAUCGUGGCCAACGACGAGACUUACCCGAGUGUCCUUGAAAUUGAUGUCACGGGGAGACUUCCGCCUGAGCUGCAGAAGGACGUGGCCAACAGAUAUAAACAACAUUUAGUGACCAAUCAGAAGGGCCCUCUCAAGUUGCUAAGCGUAUCACCUAGGCAACCUAGCUGUCAUGCAAUCAUAAAGGGAGACAAGGAUGAAAUCGAUUACUCUUUGCAUUACAUGGAACAAAGCAAACAGUCCAGAUACCCUGUGUCCAGCUACCCCAAGACUGUGUCUGAGUGUGAGGAUUUCCUCACGUCUAGAGGCUACAUCACCUAUGCCAGGCAGGAGGAGAAGGAAUUUCCCAUUGCGUACAGCAUCAUGAUGUACAGAGAUGCUGACCAGGCAGAGAGGCUACUGCGAGCCAUCUACCGCCCAACAAACUACUACUGCAUACACGUGGAUGCUAAAGCAGACAAGGACAUCCAGGAGGCCAUGAGGGGAAUCUCUGGAUGCUUUAAAAAUGUCUUUCUAGCCAGCAAACAGAAUAUUGUUGACUGGGCACAAUUCAACUCUCUUGAACCGUGGAUCUACUGUAUGCGAGAUCUCUGGCGCUAUUCCUGGAAGUAUUUCAUCAAUCUCACUGGCCAGGAAUUCCCUCUGAAAACCAAUCUUCAGAUUAUCAAAAUACUCAAGGCACUCAAUGGUUCUAAUGUCGUGGACACCACAACCUAUGGCCACUACUCAAGAAGAUGGUAUGAAAAUAUGCCUCCACCCCACAACAUCCAGCCGUAUAAGGGCCUCGUCUUCAUGCUAGCUAGCCGCGGCUACGUGGACUACAUCCUCCACAACCCUGUGGCCAGCGAGCUGCUGGAGUGGGUGCGCCACACAGACUUCCCAGAUGAGUCAUAUUUCUCCACACUUAACCACAACCCCCAUCUCAAGGUCCCUGGCUCAUAUAAGGGGAAUCCAGAAACCAAUGCCAUCAGCAAACCUUUCAUUGCCAGAUUUGUCAACUGGGGAGUGGGUUGGCUUGACAGCCAAGGGAGAUACCCCUUCUCCUGGCCCUGCGGAGGCAAGAGGGUGCGGAGAGUUUGCAUCUUUGGUGUCCAUGAUCUGGAGCUGCUGGUCAACCGCAGGGAGCUGUUUGCCAACAAACUUAUCAUAGACUUCCAGCCCACGGCGCUGGACUGCCUGGAGGAGUGGCACCUGAACAUGACCCUGGUGGAGUACGCUGGCAAGUUGGCCAUAGACACCACGUGGUACAAGAACUUGGAUAUUGUCCGGAACAAAGUUUUGUGAUGAUGGCGUUCUUUAGGUGGUGUUCUUUAGGUGGUGUUCUUUAGGUGGUGUUAAUUAGGUGGUGUUCUUAUUUUCGGAUUAUGGCGCUCUUUUUUUUUUUUUAAAGCAAGAUGUUGGCCUUCAAGAGAAUAUGGAUAGUAUCAGUAACAAAAUUUCAUAAUCAUGGCACUGUGUGGGUAUUUUUUUUGGAGAAAGCUGUUGACAGUGUUCAUAUUUCUAAGGGGCAAAGUUUUAUGAUGAUAGUGUUCUUUGGGAUGGUUUUUUUAAAAAAGAAGAUGCUGAACUUUAACUGAGUUUGAAAGCCAUCAGAAACAAAAUUUCAUGAUCAUGGCACCUGUUAGUUGUUGUUUUCUAAAUCAAGCUACCAGCAACGAAAUUUUGUGAUUAUGGCACUUGUUAAGUGUUGUUUAAUAAAGCAAGCUGUCGCCAAUCAACGUGGAUAAAGCCAGGAUAAUUUUUUUAUGAUACCACUACUUAGGCAUUGUGUUUUGUUUUUUUUACAAGUGCUGAUAAAAAAAAUUUCAAGUGUUAAACAAUAUUACGUGUGGAUCAAUCAGAGUACAUUAUAAUUGACUUUAAUAUGUGUUGCAAAAAUGCAACAUUAUGUAUUGUUGGACAGUGAUAUUAUUGAUUCGUAUGUGAUGAAACGUACCAGUUUAUAUAUUAAUGUUAUCACAUUUCCAAGACUCCUGACUGGAAUAGAAAAACUACCUCAGGAAAAUGUAUAUGAAAAGAAAUUGUUUUAAAAAAUUAUGUGUAUUAUGGCUCAGAGCCCCCAAUUUUUUUUUUAAAAAAAUAAUACAUUAGAUACAUUACUUUGUGUGAAUUAGGGCAUUUAUAAAAUGAUUCAUUAAAAAGAUUAGCAAUUUUAAGUGAUCCUGUUGGUGACAAAAAUGUUAUAAUUGAAUUAUUAUUAGCUAAUUUCAUUUUCUUAAGUAAUUUUUAAAAAAAAUUUCCUUUCUAACCUUAGGUUUUCACAGUAUUUAAAACCACUUUUUAAAAAUAUGUUGAUACCCAUGCUGGAGGGUUUUUCUAAAUAUGAAUUUCCAGUUGUAUUUAUGAUGAUCUGUACAAGGGUGUAGAUUGUAAGGAGAAG